AUGCCUCCUGAAGGCAACUACCUUAUCACAGGCGGCUCGAUCAAGGUGCGUCCGAGUCCCGUUCGCACUCCGUAUCUUGAUUCACACUUCCAAGCUCUCGACAGAUUGUACGCGAGAGCCUCCCCGGGCGCCUUUCACAACUCCUUAGAACGAUCAAAUGACCUAAGGCAAGAGUCGUUCCCUAACAUAAACGAAUCGGAGGAGGCGUAUGGGGGACUGGCUAAGGAGAUAUGGGAGUGGAUAUACGACGCAGAAACCUCGACACCGAUCAUGUGGGUCCACAGUCCAACCGGAGAAGAGACGUCGCACAUCGCCCAGGCCAUUGCUGACGCCAUGCACCAGCGAGGCGAGCUCACGGGCUCUUUCUUCUUUUCCGACAUCAGCAAUAGUGGGCGCUAUGAUGGGACCCGCCUGGUGCCUACCCUCGCAUAUCAGCUUACACAGAGCAUUCCUCAGACCCGCCUCGACAUCGCAAACGCUGUGGUCCAAGAUCGCUCGAUAUUUGACCUAACUCUUCUACACCAAUUUUGCAAGCUCGUUGUCGAGCCUUUAGAGAGGUUUUCGCAGUCGAUAGAGCAAGAGGUGUCCACAGCGCCCAAACUCUUCAUCAUCCAUGCGCUCGAAGAAUGCCACACCCCAGGUUUCGAAGAGUCCUUCAUCGAGGUGUUGGGCAGCUCGCUGGGACGAAUGCAACAUAACAUCCCUCAGCGUUUCUUGAUCCUCGGCUGUCAUUCUGAUGAUCUCGAAGGAUACCUUUCGAAGCCACUCUUGCAAGAUAUCGUUCUCCGGCGCCCUUUGCACCACCUCCCCGAUAGCAAGCCGACAUCCGACUCUGACGAGAAGUCUUUCUUAGACUUCUUUCACCUUAGUGAGAACAAUAAACGGGCACUCCUCAUGCACGGUGCAAUUUUUGCUCAGAGAAUAGUGAAGGGCUUAUUACGAUGA